UCAGACCACAUGGACUUCACCCCCAUGUGAAUCAAUAUUCAAGCCCUGAGCUCCCUGUUGAGCAAUGAGGCCAACUCCAGAAAGAAGAGAGAGCUGAAAGACAGAUGAGACAGAGGGAGGGCUGUGGGAUGUCAUGUGUAAAGAAAGGGAUUCUCAUUGGAGGCAAAGAGAAAGAAGACCGCUAGGCAUGUUUUAAGGAAAAAGGGGGGGAAAAAAAGGAAAAACAAACGCAUCCUACAUGCUGAAGCCAUCUUGCUCGUAACGCUACACUCUGGACAGAGCAUCUAAUUGUAUUAGAGUGGCUUUACAAAAGAGUGGAGUGAUGUCCUCCAAACUGAAGUGGCUGAUUGUGAUCCAACUCCUGCUGAAUGAACAAGCUCUGUGUCGUGUUCCACCUUCACUGGCACCGAGAAACAAACAGCUUCCAAAAUCUGACAUCCAUGAAGAGGGAGAGAAGACAGCCCAAAAGGAUCAUCAGUUCAUCCUGGGAUCCAAACCACAGUUUAGUGUCCCAUCUGCAGAAAAGCCUGGUCCUUUAUCAGUGACUGGAGAAGAUGACAGAGUCCAGUCUGCUCAACAUAUAGUAUCAGUUCUAAAGGAAAAGCUUCAGGGGCAGAAUCAAGAUCACCUCCACAUCCAGGGGAACAUCAGCUGUGAGGAGCUGCUGUCUGCGAGCACAGUGGACGAUCCGCUGCCCUCCAUCUUCCCCCAGGAGCUGCUGGGUCUGUCUUUGGUGCCUGUGUUGGUGGUGGCAGGAUGUCCAAAGGAGGCGCAGAUCCUGGUGCAGAAGCUCUAUGGCCUGAUGGGAGUAACCGACACUGAUGAGCUUCUGGUGGAGGUGGAGAGUCUGAUAGAAAUGAGGAUGACAAAGGCAGCAGCUACAGCAGCACCUGCAUCAGUGAGGGAAGAUGCAGGACACCACAUCGAGGCUGUGAUGUUUAACAUCCAGCGGUUGGCAGGGGUGGGAGAACAGGAAGAACGUUGUGAAGGCUGGACCAGGAUGAAUGGAACUGCACUGGUGGGACCAGCUGUGGAAGGAGCCACAGGUGUUCUGGAGGAGGCUGUGGGCAUCUGUGAGAGGCUGGGGCUGCUGUGUGCGGGUGUGUCCGACAGUGGGCUUCUCAACCCGGGGAGGUACCAGGCUGUGUUGAAAAAAGGGAGCAGAAUCCUCCCUUCGGAAUCCUCUGAAACUGAAUGUUGGAUCCUUCAGUGCAGCACAGAGGAGUACGUUUCAACCCCCUUUGCAUCAGGGCGUCGGAUGAAACGAAGCCCUCACAGGAGCUGUAUCAACAGAAGAGAGGAGCGCGUGUACAAGGUGAUGGAGUGGAUCCCUGCUGUCAGCACCCUCUACAACCUGGGCACCGCCGUGUAUUACGCAUCUGUGAACUGCUCCACAACUGCCAAGGAGAGAGCCAUCCUCAGCGCUGUUGAUCUAGGAACAGAUGCUCUUAUGGUAGUCACAGGGGGGACUGCUGGGGUGGCGGGCUAUGCUGUGGGUGCAGGGGUGAAGACUGGCGUGAAAGCUGGUGUGAAGUAUUUACUCAACUCCAUGAAAGAGGAAGAAGAUGUGCUGGUGAACCAGUUCAGCUGGGACGACGGUGUUGUCACCAUUCAGUAGACUGAUGGAGCAAUGUGUCAGUCUAUGGCAAUAAACAUCAAUACAUUUGGUUUAUACAGUAUAUAUUUUUAAAAUAAGACUGAUCAUCAGCUUUUCUUAAAUGACAAGAUUGCAGAAUAACUAAUUAUUUUUACCAGGCUUCAUAUCAUCUAAGAUAUGGAAGAUGAUGAGAAUACACAUUUUUCUAUUACUGCAUUAAUCAGAGAUAUGAAGGACAGGGACAGGCAAAAAAAAAAAAGUAAAAUAGAUUUUUUUUAGGAGUGACAAUCAAGCCUAAAAGAAGAAAAUGCGAAAAUAACACAUUAAUUGUAAAUACACUGCAAUAGAUAACUUUACUUUUAGAAAAAAUAUCUUUUUGUCUUAGUGGAUAAAACACUUAUAUUAAGCACCAACACAUAAAAUAUCUGGUCUCAGGAAACUUUAAACCCUCUUCCACCCAAUACCUUUUCUCCUUUUCAUUGAUCCUCAUCAAAGCCCACUGCCACAUAACUGCAGGGACAACAGACUGAGAUGUAAAGCUUGUUUUUCUUUAUAGUUUUUCUUUUAAAAAAAAUGUAAUGAUGUGGAUUAAACCUGUGUGUACUUUGGUCAUAAGUGGGGUAUUUUAGCAUAACUGACAUACUGUCUUUGUAUUGUAGAUCAAACCUAUAUCAUGUUCAACUGAACUAAGCCAUGUCAUUGAAUAAAGUCACCUUUAUGUAAUGUA